UUAUCAUGUGGUGGGUAUGUCCUAUCUCCUUCUACUAAGGAGUAUCGGGAGCCGCACCACUUAGGGGAAUGGCAGGAGAAACGAGCAAGUUGACCAUAACGAAAAGCCUUCUCGCCCUGAAGCAGCAAUCGGGGAAGUCAUAUAGUCAAAUAGCAGAAGAAACGGGGCUGACCAAUGUGUUCAUCGCCCAGCUCUUCAGACGCCAAGCUCAGCUCAAGCCCGACACUGCUGCUAAACUGCAGGCGGCCGUGCCAAACAUCCCCGUCGAGCUCCUCCAUGAGAUGAUGAAACCCCCCAUGAGGUCCUAUGACCCCAACUUGAUCCAGGAGCCCGCUGUUUACAGGUUAAAUGAAGCAGUUAUGCAUUUUGGAGAGAGUAUUAAGGAAAUUAUCAAUGAGGAGUUUGGUGAUGGGAUUAUGUCAGCUAUAGACUUCUACUGCUCUGUUGACAAAGGUAAGGGUGUGGAUGGGAAAGAUCGUGUGGUCAUCACAUUUGAUGGAAAAUAUUUGCCUUACACUGAGCAGAAGUCAGAGCAUAUGGUUUCAAGACUACAUCGGCAUUGAAGUCGAUGAUUUGAUGAAUAUAGAAUAACCAAGUUGGUGCCUUGUAGAAGUAUGUGAAGUGAUUUUCUCCAUUUCUUGAGUUGUGGAAGAGAAGUUCGUGGGACAAAUCAGUUGUAAUGGGUAUUAUAUAGUUGUUUGUGCACUAAUAAAUCCUUAGGAAGAUGUUUUUAUGAAUCUAUAUAAUGCUAAGAGUUGUUGAUGAAUUUAAGGGAGAGAUCACUGCAACUUAUGUUAUUGUUUGUUGAUUCAUAAAUCUUUACACGAGAUGGAUUUAUGAAUUUAAAUCUUUUCUCUUAAUAAAGAGUAGUUGAUGAAUC